AAAUGUUGUUCUGUGUGCCGUCAUGGCUGUGUAGGACUCUAUCUUAUGAAAAUGGAUAGAUAAGGGUUGAGACGGACGUACUAUUUUCCAGCCAUUCCUGAAUCUCUUUAUCAAGAAAAUUUCACUUGCUAUUGCUCUGAUUGUCUAAAAAUCAAAGACUUCACGAAACAGUGCACAUUUUUAUCACAAUGCAAAACUCAGUUAUAUUCCUCUUUCACUUGGCUGCUGCCAUAAAUUUUGCUUAUGGUAUUUACUAUGACCUUGUGGAAUUAAAGUUGCCUGAAGACUAUUCAAAAAUUUCAAUUGACUUUGCUGGAAGAUGGAAGUAUUUAACUUUUUGGAACAUGGUACUUCAACUAGUCUACUUUUCAUUUUCUCUCUUAAAUGAUCUGUUUGGCAGCAACUUUGUCAACAAGAAAGAUCGAACUGUUAUUCAAAAACUAAGGGAUUAUGUUUUUGGAUCACUUGUCUUCCCCUUAGGAAUGUUUGUUGCAAGCACUUUCUGGGCUUUGUGGGCCAUUAACCGUGAAUUGGUUUUUCCAGUUGCUCUUGAUGCAUUCUUUCCAGGUUGGUUGAACCACAUCAUGCACACUUCAAUUGUUCCUCUGGAUUUUAUUGAACUGCUAUUCAUUCCAAAAACAUUUCCAAAGAGAUCUCAUGCAAUGUCAGGACUCUCAGUACUCAUGCUUGGAUAUCUUGCUUGGGUAUUUGUCAUCGCUUUCAAAACCGAUUUUUGGGUUUAUCCCGUUUUAGCGGUCCUGCACUGGGGUUAUCGUUUGUUGUUUAUAGUCGGUCUCAUGGUUUUAUCGGCGUUUAUGUAUUUUUCUGGAGAAAAACUCCAUUAUGCUGUCUGGGGUGAACCAACUUCUAAGACAGUCAAGUCUUCUCAAAAAAUCGUUAAAGAGAACAAACUACCAAAAGCCACCAAAGAAGGCAAAAAUAAACGCAAACAAAAUUAAUGCAUAAUACAUUCCGUGAGCUCCAAUUGCCACGAAUAGACUCGCGGGUCCCGUAGACAUAAAUGGAAAUUAACUCAGACAUUUGAAAAUAAAUUCUUUUUAGGCUCAA